AUGUCUGAUUGUCAUGAUCAGAUCCCACCCCUAGGAAAACAUUAUUCCCAGCGCUGGGCACAGGAGGACCUGUUGGAGGAGCAGAAGGAUGGGGCCCGGGCAGCAGCUGUGGCUGACAAGAAGAAAGGUCUCAUGGGGCCUCUGACGGAACUGGACACUAAAGAUGUGGACGCCCUGCUGAAGAAGUCGGAGGCCCAGCACGAGCAGCCAGAAGAUGGGUGCCCCUUUGGCGCCCUGACGCAGCGCCUCCUGCAGGCCCUGGUGGAGGAGAAUAUUAUUUCCCCUAUGGAGGACUCCCCCAUUCCGGACAUGUCUGGGAAGGAAUCAGGGGCAGACGGGGCAAGCACCUCUCCUCGCAAUCAGAACAAACCCUUCAGCGUGCCACACACCAAGUCCCUGGAGAGUCGCAUCAAGGAGGAGCUGAUCGCCCAGGGCCUUUUGGAGUCUGAGGACCGUCCCGCAGAGGACUCAGAAGAUGAAGUCCUUGCCGAGCUGCGCAAACGGCAAGCUGAGCUGAAGGCACUCAGUGCCCACAACCGCACCAAGAAGCAUGACCUGCUGAGGUUGGCGAAGGAGGAGGUGAGCCGGCAGGAGCUGCGACAGCGGGUCCGCAUGGCGGACAAUGAAGUGAUGGACGCCUUUCGUAAGAUCAUGGCUGCCCGGCAGAAGAAGCGGACUCCUACUAAGAAGGAAAAGGACCAGGCCUGGAAGACCCUGAAGGAGCGGGAGAGCAUUCUGAAGCUGCUGGAUGGGUAAUCCUCAGCUGCCUGGCUGCCUUCCCCCCACUUCCUGCUUUGGGGGCCAACAGUCUUGGACCGCACUGCCCAUCAAAUGGUGACGGUCUCCAGAGGGCUGAGCCCUCCACUGCGGCCUUUCGGUCUAGCUCUGUAUAGCCAGGACACACGAGGCCCUGUGCGGCCAGCCUGGCCGGCCUGCCUGGCCCCCGAGCUGGGCGGGAGGAGCUCGUUCCUGGGUCUUCCUCUUCCUCUGCCCUCCUCCACUCCCCACCUGUUCCCCUCAAACACUUCUCCCUUGUGGUUUUGUAAAGUGCAAACUCAAGAAUAA